UACAAGAAACAUACUAAACAAACCGAAAAACUACAAAUAUCUAAACUACUACUACUAAAUUCUUCAUUUCUCUCUUCCUUCUCCAAUUUUCUUCUCAAUAUCGAAAAUGGUUUCCGCUUCAGAGUUUCUCUCUGCUCUUUCUCUGUUUACGGUGAUAUUUUUGGCAUCUUUGGUUAGUGCAGGGAAAGCUGAUGUACAGGAUCUUUUAGAUACAGAUUCUACGUUUGGGAAAAGGCAUUCAAAGGGAUACUGUGCGAUGUAUGACAUAUGUGGAGAACGUAGUGAUGGGAAAGUCCUCAAUUGCCCUUAUAGUUCCCCAGCUGUGAAGCCUGAUGAUUUGUUCUCUGCUAAAAUCCAAAGCUUGUGUCCAACAAUAAGUGGAAAUGUUUGCUGCACAGAGGGUCAAUUUGAUACAUUGCGAACACAGGUUCAACAGGCAAUACCUUUCCUCGUAGGUUGUCCAGCAUGCUUGAGGAACUUCUUAAAUCUUUUCUGUGAGCUGUCAUGUUCUCCAGAUCAAAGUCUUUUUAUCAAUGUUACUUCUAUCUCUGAGGUAAAUGGAAAUCUGACUGUGGAUGGUAUCGACUUUUAUGUAACUGAUACUUUUGGAGAAUGGCUUUAUAACUCCUGUAAAGAUGUGAAGUUUGGGACUAUGAAUACACGGGCUAUAGAGUUUAUUGGUGCAGGCGCUAAAAAUUUCAAAGAGUGGUUUGCAUUUAUCGGUCAGAAAGCGCCCCUUGGAUUUCCUAGUUCACCCUAUACCAUUGAUUUUAAGUUAAGCAUUCCCGAGUCAUCCAGAAUGGAACUUAUGAAUGUGUCUGUUUAUUCAUGUGCUGACACUUCACUCGGCUGCUCCUGUGGUGAUUGCCCUUCAUCACCUGCGUGUUCUAAUCCUGAACCACCAACUCCACAUAAAAAGGAUUAUUGCUCAAUUAAAAUUGGCCAUCUUAAGGUAAAUUGA